UUCAUCGCCCCACUCUAACCUCAACAAAAGUGCUCGAGCACAUUUUCCGUCCAAUAGUAAUAUUUAUCCCCAUCCCAACGAAAGGUUCCAUUGAUCGUUUUCUAUAUAUGUAAUGACUUCGGCCCGAAGGCUGGUCGAUCAAUUUAAACGGCUCUAAAAUGACAUCUUAGGGAAAAUUUCUUCCCGCCUCUUCUUUACCCCACGUGGAUUUCUCCGUCCGUGUGCAUGAACAUAUAACACUGAACCUAUAGAUAACUUCUCUGGACAUCAUUUGUUUGGUAAAGUAUAUCAGCGAUGAUUGGUAUUCCCAGGGAAGUUGUAAAUGAGCCCGGUGUCGAGGGCACAAUGAACCAUGCACCAGCAACAGAGAAAGACGAAGCAUUGGCGCUUGUCAACAAUGAUGUCGCUAUGGAAAUUGACCCAGUAGUCGAGAAAAGAGUGUUAAGAAAAAUCGAUCUAUUUUUCAUGCCUGCGAUGCUGGUUGGUUACGGGCUCGUCUACUAUGACAAAGCCAUUCUUGGGAGUGCCUCUCUCUUUGGGAUGACUACGGAUCUUCAUCUAUCAGUUACUGACAAGUCUACUCAUCCUCCCACGACGGAUACAUCCCGUUUGAGCUGGGCUACGUCCAUCUUUUAUUUCGGGAUGUUGGCUGGUCUGUAUCCUAUGUCUCUGAUUCUACAGCGAUUCAAUACGCGCCAUGUUCUUGGCCCGUUAGUCCUUGUCUGGGCUGUCGUAUGUGCCGCGACGGCCGGCGUUUCCACCUGGCAAGGACUUUUCAUCCAGCGUUUCUUCCUCGGAUUUGUGGAAAGUGUUAUCCCAACUGGCUUCAUUUUGACAGUCAGCAGCUAUUAUACUCAAGAUGAGCAAGCUCUUCGGCAUUCGUGGUGGUUCUCCGGUACCGGAGUAUUUACCAUCAUUGGCGGUGCACUUAACUAUGGAUUUGGUCAGAUUACAUCUGGCACGCUAAAGAGGUGGCAAUAUAUUUAUCUUCUUGCCGGCGCUUUGACUUUUAUCUUUGGCCUCUGGUGCUUGUUCAUACCCAACUCUCCUGUCUCGGCAUGGUUCCUAACUGCUGAUGAGAGAGUUGUCGCGGUGGAACGCCUCCGGAAGGGCCAGACCGGCGUUAGAUGCCAGAAGAUCAAAAUGAGCCAGGUUCGAGAAUGUUUAACCGAUAUCAAGUUCUAUCUAAUUGCCAUCAUGAUGGCUUCGGCCUAUACAAUCAACGGUGCUGUAUCUGGAUUUGGCCCCUUGAUCGUCAGCACGUUCGGUUAUGACACUCUCGACAGCAUUCUCUUCCAAUUUCCCCUCGGUGCUGUCUGUGUUAUUUUCAUUCCUCUGUGCGGCUAUAUCGCUUCGCGUGUACCCAAUACUCGUAUUAUCAUGUUGCUCGCCUGCUGUUUGCCAGUCAUCACAGGCUGUGCUUUGGUUUGGAAGUCUACAUGGGGUUAUCAUCCCGUUGCCCCUGUCGUGGGUUAUUCACUGACAGGGUUCUUUGGGCCGGUUGUGAGUUUGAUUAUCACCUUGGGGGCGAGCAAUGUUGCUGGCGCAACAAAGAAAGCUAUAAUGGCCGCGACUGUGUUUGUGGCAUACACUGUGGGAAACAUUAUCGGGCCACAGCUUGUGAAUUCAAAGACAAAGGAUCGGCAUUAUCCCGAGUUGUGGACUGGCUUGAUAAUAUGUUAUUGCAUCACCAUCGUCAGUUCAACUGCCUUAUAUAUUGCUUUAAAAAUCGAAAACCGGCGAAGAGACCAACUAGGACUAGACGAAAGUCAACGUGAUAAGAUGGCAUUUUCUGAUUUGACUGACGGAGAGAAUAUGUAUUUCAGAUAUGUUUUGUAGAUUCAUCAUUUCAUAGACCAUGGCUAUAACAUAUUUAAUCCACACAUCUUUAGAAAUACUGUGAAGGCACCGGC